AUGGCCGACGAAGACCACCCUACAGAGGACUACUCUGUGUGGGGGCUCCUGCCGGUGGAGGUGACGCUGCAGGUGUUCUCCUGGUUGGACUGGAGCGACCUGUCGCGCGCCGAGCUCGUGUGCCGGAGGUGGCACGCCACGAUCAACCCCGCGUCCCCGCCUGGCGACUUCCUCUGGCGCACCGUGCAUGAGGCAAGAUUUGGCAGAGUGCAGGUGGGGCCAACCAACAGGGAGCUUCGCUUGCGGAAGAAGCUGCGGGAUGGAAACAACGACUGGAGAUCGAGCUGCCUCCGUUGCGAACGCACCAGAACUCAGCACCGCGACCACCAGUCGGCGAGAGGCCAGGACCACCCGAGUUGGUGGGCCGUGUGGAGCGGCAGCGAGCCCACGGUCGAUCUGGUGACCCGCCACGCUGGCGUGGUUCCGGCGACCAUCACGCGCGCCUUCCUGCUGGGCUCUCCGGUGGCCGUGGUCGACAUUCUCGUGCGCCGCUUGCUCGGCGCCGCUGCCGCCAGCGAGAGCGAGGCCGAUGCGUCGCUGUGGCGUAUCCAUCAGCUCGACGAGGUGCUCGCCCAGACGAAGGCGAGCAGGCUCGAGCGGUUGGCGCGGUCCUCGUCGGAGCUCUUUCUGAUGGCCGCCGAAGGGGGGCACACGGGGCUGAUGGCCUUCCUCCUGGGCCGAGGCUCCCAGGCCACGAGGCAGCAGCUCCUGCAGGCCACCAACUGCAAAGGCAACACCGCCUUCUUGGAGGCGUGCGACAGCCGCCGCUCGGAGGUGCGCGAGACCACGGGAUUUGGCGCCAUGUCGGCCCUCGGCCUGGCCGCGAGACGAGGCGACGUGGCCAUGGUACGAGCGCUUCUGAAUCACGGAGCCCUGGCCAACGGCAACGGCAAAGAGUCCGCCAUUCCACUGUGCACGGCAGUGACGGCGGAAGCCAACAGGAGGGAGCUGGUGGAGAUGCUCCUGGAACGUGGUGCCGACAUCAACGCGCGCAACAGGCACAACGGCAGGACCUGCUUGCACGCGGCCUGUAGGUCGUCGCGGCUCGACUGCGGGCUGAUCGGCCACCUACUCGACAAGGGCGCCGACCCCACCAUCCUGGCGAAAGGGUGGGGCGUGGUCGGGUUCUUGUUGGCUCACAUCCCGAGCCCCAAGGCGAACAACAAGCGAGCGUGCAAGGCGUACGACGAGGAGAGGGCGCGCGUGGCCCGGCUGCUGCUGGAGUGCGGCGCGGCCGCGGUGGGCAGCCCCGGCCUGUCGCUGGUCGCUCUGGUGCUGCGGUGGGAGCGCACCGACAGUCUGCUCUACCGACCGUCGAGCGAGGACCGUGCCCUCGACAUGCUGGACCUGCUGUUGGCCCAUGGCUUCUCUAUCCACAGCGAGCAGACCGAUGUGCUGGCGGCCCUCGCCCCGCGCCUUCCGCGGUGGGUCCUCGACAAGCACCUGAGGAGCUUGCAGGCGCUCUUCGACGUGCUGGAGGUCAGGCUCGACACCGGCGGUGGUGCAAGCGAUCCAGUGGCUCCGGUGCACCUGUUCGAUCCGGCGCGCUCGCUGCACCUCGGCACACUGACGGAACUGGUCAAACACGGGGCGGACAUCAACGCGCGCGACAGCGAGGGCCGCACGAUCGCUCACCGCUACCCGCUCGAGUUCAGAGAUCUGCGGGCGUGGCAGCGGCUCGGGCUGGACUUUUCGCUGCGCGACGCCCGAGGCCGCACCCCGGCCGAGGCCUAUCGGGCCGACAGAGUCACGCAGCCACACACAAUCCAAGCUGCGUUCGCGUAUCCUAGUGUGCGGCACGAGCAGGAGGCAACGCUGAAGAUGCUGGCGACGCUGGAAGUCGAAUGCGAGCAGCACUUCAGGGAGAACAGAGAGAAGCCAGAUGGAUAG